CAGAUCAGGUCGGGGUCUCGGGGAGGGAUCGCAUCUACCCACCUUCCCGUCUUCCUCGCCUCAGCGACGCGGCAAGCCCGAGACCGACCGAGCAAGCGAGUCAGCGAGAGCGAGAGAGAAGAAGAGGAGAACGGAGGAAGAUGUCGUCGGUGUUCAGCGGCGAUGAGACGGCUCCCUUCUUCGGCUUCCUCGGCGCCGCCGCCGCCCUCGUCUUCUCAUGCAUGGGUGCGGCCUACGGGACGGCGAAGAGCGGCGUGGGCGUGGCGUCGAUGGGCGUGAUGCGGCCCGAGCUCGUCAUGAAGUCCAUCGUGCCCGUGGUCAUGGCUGGUGUUCUGGGUAUCUACGGUCUCAUCAUCGCCGUCAUCAUCAGCACUGGGAUCAACCCCAAGGCCAAGCCGUACUACCUGUUUGAUGGCUACGCGCACCUCUCGUCUGGGCUUGCUUGUGGCCUCGCCGGGCUCGCCGCCGGCAUGGCCAUCGGUAUCGUCGGUGAUGCUGGAGUCAGGGCAAAUGCACAACAGCCAAAGCUAUUUGUGGGCAUGAUCCUCAUCCUCAUUUUCGCAGAAGCACUUGCUCUCUACGGACUCAUUGUCGGCAUCAUCCUCUCAUCCCGUGCUGGCCAAUCCCGUGCGGAUUAGGCACCUCCCACUACCAUUCUACUAUUACUGCACUGUUUAUUAUGUUAUUUUGAGAGGAGCUGAAACUCGGGGGUUCUUGUCUAGUUUAUUCUUGUGACCAUGUAUUAAGGAAACAUUUAUAACUGAAGGGGAAGGUGGCACAUCCAGUCAUGUUCUUCUUGGUGGUUGCUGUUUACCGUCAAGCAGAGGUUAUUUUUUGGGUUAAGGCUGGAUGGAUGCUCCUGGACAAAGUGGCUUUAAUUUUAUUCCUGAUGAAUAAAAAACACGGAAUUGUAGCCAAAUAAUAAUGUGAUAUAUUAUCGUCAUCCCUUUACUCCA